UAUAGGAUUGUCGUGUAGGAAUUUUGACGGGUCGUGUGCGAAUCAUAUUUUGACUUAAGAUUUAACAGAUUUGUUCUUAAAACGAUUUCUGCUACGGGGAUCAAGUUUGUCAUGGAAAAAAAAAAUUCAAGAAUGCAAUUCAAGAAAUACAAAUGAUGUCAAACAGCUAAACCCAAUGAUUAAGGGCAUGCAUAUUUCGCGAAAAGAUUACGAGACUAGAUGAAAGUUAAAACACUGUAGCAUCGUCUGUGUUUCGUGAUUGGGUGAGUUUCUCUCAGGUACAUGUCGAUUGUAACAAUACCAAUCACAGUGAUUCAGUGCGGAAGUAAACGCGUUCUGAGUGGCUCGGUCAAUCAAGACAACGACUUCUCUCGCAGACGGUCGAAAAUCACAAGGAAGAAACCACAGUUGCAGCGGCGAUGGACGGCGCACUGCAGGAGUACCUGCGGGCCCGCCUCACCAGGGAGACCUUGGAAGACCUCCUGAGGCGAGGCGGCCGGGAGGACGCGGCGGUCGCCGAGCUGACGGUGUCGCCCCUGACGGCCGCGGGCGAGAACUUCGGCAGCGUGAUGGCGGCGGUGGAGGCCCGCCUGCGGGGCGGAGACCCCGUGCGCGCCGUGGCCAAGCUGCUGCCCAUGGCGCCCUUCCUCCGGGACAGCUUCGACUGCGAGGUGACGGUGCGCAAGGAGGUGGCCUUCUACCGGCGGCUGGCGCCCGAGCUGCGGCGCCUGCGGCCCGACCUUGACCUGUUCCCCGCGUGCCUGGGCGCGCGCACGGGGGACGGGGACCUCGUGGACGAGUCCGCGGUCAUCCUGCUGGAGGACCUGAAGGCCCGCGGCUUCCAGACCCGCCAGCGGCUCCGGGGACUGGACCUGGCGCAUGCCGAGCUGGCGCUGACGGGGCUGGGGCGCCUGCACGCGCUCUGCGUCGCCGUCAAGAGGCUGCGCCCCGCCGUCUUCCAGGAUAUCGUCACUCACGUGGCCGCGCCCUUCCACCUGGGCCCCAGGGGCGAGGACGACGUGCUCCUGGGAGUGGACCGCGCGGUGUCCGUCCUGGGGGACAUCCCGGCCUGCGCCCCGCACACCGCCCGGGUCAGGGAGUCCCUGCGUCGCGUGCUGAGGGACAUCGCCCCUCCUGCCCCGCGCGAGCCCUUCUCCGCCAUCGUGCACAACGACUUCUGGACCAACAACAUGAUGUUCCGGCCCGGAGCGCACGGCCGCCCCGAGGAGGUCAAGAUCGUGGACUUCCAGAUAACGCUGCAUGACUCUCCCCUGAAGGACGUGCUGCUGUUCCUGCACACGAGCCUGGAGGUGGGGCUCAGGGAGAACAGCCAAGACCACCUGCUGGGCGUCUACCACCACGCCUUCACGGACACGCUGGCGUCCGUGGGGGUGGACGCGGCGGACUUCUCGCUCCAGGCGCUCCGGCAGGAGCUCGACGCCGUGGCCCCGGGCUGCUUCGCGCACAUCUUCUUCCUGCACCGUGUCAUCUUCGCCGAGGGGCGCCCCGACAUGGCCACCUUCAGCAUCAAGGACUUCGUGGACAGCUCGAGGCUGGGCGAGCUGUACAGGGUGCGCGUCGGGCAGCUGGUCGGAGAGUUCGUUCGGAGAGGCUGGAUUUGACGCCAUUCUGAAGACCGUGUUUUAGAUUGCAAGCAUACAACGGUGGUUGCACGAACACAGAAGUACACCAGUUUUUUCGGAAUUAUUUUAUUGCAUAAUACAAUACAGCCAUUUAGUUAGCUGUUAACAGCAAGUGAAGUGGUUUUUCGACGAAAGUAGCGCCUAGCAAGUGGCCCGCCCAACAUUGCAUUCCACUUAUAUCUGCUCGCUCACUUCAUAGAAUUUUUUUUUAAUAUUUGUUUUUGUACGAAAUAUUAUUUUGGAAACCAAGUUGCAAAGAAAUAUUUUGUAAUACUACGAUAAAUAUAUCGUAAAUUUGUAACAGAACUUUGCUAUGGUUAUUUUUUGCAUAUAUGAAAUACGUUUUCGGAAGCAAUACUGAAAAUUUAUGAAAAUUGGCACUUCAUUUAAAAUAUUUUAUCGGUGUUUUAAACAAGUAUAAAUUUUUUUAACCUAGAAAAGUUAGUAUAAAUUCAACAAUUUUGAGUUUUUGGUUUUAUUAUGCUUAUUAAUGUGCGCAGUUAAUACUAAAAGCUAUUCAGAGAAUGUUUUACAAAUAACUUUAACUAAUGUAGGUACUGGGAAAACUGAAGCAGAAAUGCCUGGGAAAAAAUAUUUUUUGUAGCAUUACAGUUGCUUUCUUGUAAAUGUUCAAAUAUAUGUAAUUUUAAAUAUUUAUUUCAGUUCCAUUUUCAAAAUGUUUUUAUAGUAUUUGUUAGCUUGUCCAUAACAUCUUCAAGACCUACUCAUUCCAAAUAGUUUAGUUUUUUUUUUUAACUCAGUUGCAUGUAUAGUUAAAGUAAUCUCAAAAUAUAAACGAUAUGACGAUACUAGGUUUAUUAAAUGCAUAUUA